CCUAGCUGGCCAAUAGGGGUGCACGCUUUGGUUGCACGCGGCACGCUGUGGCGCGAAAGUCUUUCACUUGUGCGGCUUGUCGGCAGCGAAGCACAAGGCGGCGGCAGUAGUUAGUAAGCUUUUGUCAGUUUUUAAACUUAAAAACUUUGCAACAAAAAUGGCGACUGACGUGGUAGAUGACCAGGAGAUGAGGGAGGCGCAGAGGGACUAUCUGGACUUCCUGGACGACGAUCAAGACCAGGGCAUUUACCAAAGCAAAGUCCGGGACAUGAUCAGCGAGAACAAAGGGCGACUCAUCGUCAACAUCAACGACCUGAGGAGACGCAACGAGGCCCGAGCUGCAAAAUUGAUGAGCAACGCCUUCGAGGAGCUGCUGGCGUUCCAGCGGGCUCUGAAGGACCUGGUGGCCUCUGUGGACGCCACCUACGCCAAGCAACACGAGGAGUUCUUUGUGGGUCUGGAGGGGAGCUUCGGCUCCAAGCACGUCUCGCCGCGGACGCUGACGUCCCGCCUACUGGGCAGCAUGGUUUGCGUGGAGGGCAUCAUCACCAAAUGUUCUCUGGUACGUCCCAAAGUGGUGCGCAGCGUCCACUACUGCCCGGCCACGAAGAAGACCAUGGAGAGGAAGUACACCGACCUGACCUCGCUUGAUGCUUUUCCCUCCAGCGCCAUCUACCCCACCAAGGACGAGGAGAACAACCCGCUGGAGACGGAGUUUGGCCUCUCCACCUACAAGGACCACCAGACCAUCACGGUGCAGGAGAUGCCAGAGAAGGCCCCUGCUGGCCAGCUGCCCCGCUCCGUGGACAUCAUCCUGGACAACGACCUGGUGGAUCUGGUGAAGCCCGGAGACAGGGUGCAGGUGAUCGGAACGUACCGCUGCCUUCCCGGGAAGAAGGGAGGAUUCACCUCCGGCACCUUCAGGACGAUCAUGAUAGCAUGCAACGUGAAACAAAUGAGCAAGGAGGUGUCGCCGUGCUUCUCUGCUGACGACGCCGCCAAAAUCCGGAACUUCAGUCAGACUCGCUCCAUUAAUGUGUUUGACCAGCUGGCGCGCUCUCUGGCUCCCAGCAUCCACGGCCACGAGUACAUCAAGAAGGCCAUCCUGUGUAUGCUGCUGGGAGGCGUGGAGAAGGUGCUGGAGAAUGGCUCCCGCAUCCGAGGGGACAUCAACAUCCUGCUUAUCGGUGACCCGUCGGUGGCGAAGUCCCAGCUGUUGCGAUACGUCCUCCACACAGCGCCCAGAGCCAUUCCCACCACCGGGCGGGGGUCGUCUGGCGUGGGUCUCACAGCAGCCGUCACCACCGACCAGGAGACAGGCGAGCGGCGUCUGGAGGCGGGUGCCAUGGUGCUGGCUGACCGCGGCGUGGUAUGCAUCGACGAGUUUGACAAGAUGUCUGACAUUGACCGCACGGCCAUCCACGAGGUGAUGGAGCAGGGCCGCGUCACCAUCGCGAAGGCCGGCAUCCAUGCGCGGCUCAACGCCCGCUGCUCCGUGCUGGCUGCCGCCAACCCGGUCUACGGCAGGUACGACCAGUACAAGACCCCCAUGGAGAACAUCGGCCUGCAGGACUCCCUGCUUUCCCGCUUCGACCUUUUGUUCAUCGUCCUGGACCAGAUGGACCCGGAGCAGGACCGAGAGAUCUCCGACCACGUGCUGAGGAUGCACCGCUACCGCGACCCGCGCGAGCAGGAGGGGGCAGCUAUGGCUCUGGGCGGGACGGUGGACGUGCUGGCCACUGAGGAUCCAGACGUGGUGGUGGACGAGCGUGAGGAGCUCCAGAUCUACGAGAAACACAACGUCCUGCUGCACGGAAGCAGGAGGAAGAAGGAUAAGAUUCUGAGUAAGGAGUUCAUGAGGAAGUACAUCCACAUCGCCAAGGCGGUGACUCCUGUGCUGACGGAGGAGGCAGCCAAUCACAUCGCAGAGGAGUAUUCCAGGCUGAGGGGCCAGGAGCAGCUGGGAUCGGACAUCGCGAGGACCUCCCCGGUGACGGCUCGUACUCUGGAGACGCUGAUCCGCCUCGCCACGGCGCACGCCAAAGCCCGCAUCAGCAAGGUGGUGGAGCGCGUGGAUUCAGAGGUCGCCGUGGAGCUCGUCCAGUUUGCGUACUUCAAAAAGGUUCUGGAAAAAGAGAAGAAGCGUUCAAGACAGGACCGCGACUCCGGAUCAGAGGACGAAGAGGAAGAGGAGCCGGUCUCACAGCGAUCGCAGAGCAGCCAGAGGAAGAGGGGGCGACGUGGAUCUCAGGGCAGUGAGCCUUACAGCCCCUAUGACUUCACCGAAGAGCAGGACGUUCCUGAAAUUCAGUCUGGAAUCUCCAAGGCAACCAAACCCCAGCGGCGGGAGGAGGAGGAUGAGGCCAUGGACGCCACGCCGCAGGCUGAAGGUGCAGAACUGUCUGCCGAGAGGCUGAAGGAGUUCAAGUCCUCGCUGUUCGCCGUCUUCCAGUCCGCACACGCUCAGUCGAUCAAGAUGGAGGCGCUGAUGGACGGCAUCAACAAGGAGGGCGGGGCGGUCUUCACGGACACGGAGGUCCGCUCCGCUUUGGCGCGUAUGCAGGACGAUAACCAGGUCAUGGUGGCGGAUAACAUCGUCUUCCUCAUCUGAGCGACGAUGGCGAGGGCGGCGAGGGAAUGUUUGUGUUGUGAUGCAAGGAAGGGGAUUUUCUCAACUUUUGUAAAUAGUGGAAAUGGUCUGAUAUUGUUAAAGUCCAAAACUAAUAAAAUGAUGCACAUAUCUGA